AUGGCCGCCGAAAUACCAAGCAGUAAAGAUCCCAUCCCAACAUAUCGAAUCGAUCUCUCUCUGCCUCCAUCAGAGCGAUAUGUCCAGCUGGGCAAAGAAUUUGCUCCGAAAAUGCAAAAAAUCACACCUCUCUUCGAUGAAGUUCUUCGGCCUGCUUUUCCAAGGAGAUGGAUGCGCCGGUGGAUUGCGUGGUUGGCAUGGUUGUUUCUACGGCGCGUGUACUCGGCUGAGGAGACUGCUGAAAUCAAGGGUCUCUCGAAGGCAGCUGGUGUGGAUAUGUAUUUUCUUGUUGCUUUGAAUGUCUUGCUGGAUAGUAUGUUAGGGUGCACAAGUGGUGCGGUGAUGACAAGUCCGAAGGGAAGCAAGAGGGGGAAAGUGGGAGAGGAAGACAAGAGGAUGAUGCAUUUUCGGACCUUGGAUUGGGGGAUGGAUCCUUUGCGAAGUGUGUUGGUCGUGUUGGAGUUUGUUAGGUCGAAAAGUGAGGAGCCUGAGAAGGUGAUUGGGAGAUCAAUCACUUAUGCUGGAUUUGUGGGUAUUUUAACAGGAGUCAAGCAGGAAUUGUCAAUAUCGCUCAACUUUCGACCGAAUCAUGAGUGUUCGACUUUCAAACUGAGGCUAUAUCAACUUCUCGUCCUGUUCGGCUUCCGUCCAUCCAUUUCUCACAUUAUACGAUCUACAAUCUUUCCGCCUGUCAAAACAGCAGCCGUACCCUUGGAAGAACUUGCUGUAACAAUGAGCAAGAAGCAAACAGCACCCUGCUACCUCAUUCUUUGUGAUGGAACUUCGUCGACCGUUCUAGAAAAGGAUCUUUUAAAUGCCAAGAUUCGCACUUCAGACGAGUUCAUUGUUCACACGAACAAUGACACCACACCGGCUUUAGAACCCGCAAAGCCGCUCCAUGAUGCAGACGGACAUCCUGCGGUUUUGAACAUUCUAGAUGAGAUGGGCUUGGAUGCUUUCAUAAAAGACAGCAAAGAGAGAAGUGCAUGUGUGCAGAAGAAAUGGAAUGCGCUCAAGGGAAGACAGAGGAGGAAACAGCAGGCACAGUUGGUGGAGGAGAAAGAUAUGGUAUCACUGUAUGUGAGGGAAGAGACACUCGUUGGGUGGGUACGGAAGUAUCCGACGAUGAAUGGUCAGAGCCACUUUGGAUGUGUGAUGGACCCGAAGAAAGGCGAUAUCAGGUGGUUGGAAAGGGGUGCAUGCUGGCUCAGUGAAGAGUCCUUGACAAUGGCCGAGGAUGACCAGGAUGUAGUGAUUGUAUCUGAUUGA